AUGUCACAAGUCUUCAAACGAGAAGGGUGGUUUAUGUAAUUGGGCCUAAAUUUUUAGUAUUUAAUUUUCGCGGGCUGUUAUCAAAAUACAAAAAAUUUCCCGCUAAUUUUGAAAUUGCUAUUUAUUUAUUUGGCGGGUUCGUUUUAGAAGCAUUUUCAUCAAUCUAGGGUUUCUAAUUUGGGAAACUUUCUACAACAAUGAGUGCCGUCAACAUUACAAACGUCGCCGUAUUGGAUAAUCCGUCACCGUUUCUCAGUCCUUUUCAGUUCGAGAUCUCUUAUGAAUGCCUCGCUGCUCUUAAAGAUGAUUUAGAGUGGAAGUUAACAUAUGUGGGAUCUGCUGAAGAUGACACUUAUGACCAACUCUUAGAAAGUGUAUUUGUUGGACCAGUAAAUGUUGGGAAAUAUCGUUUUGUGCUUCAGGCUGACCCCCCUGAACCAUCCAAAAUUCGUGAAGAAGAUAUUAUUGGUGUCACGGUAUUGCUAUUAACAUGCUCUUACGUGGGGCAAGAAUUUAUUCGGGUAGGAUAUUAUGUGAACAAUGAUUAUGAUGAUGAACAAUUAAAAGAGGAACCACCUCAGAAGGUUUUGGUUGAUAGGGUCCAGAGGAAUAUUUUGGUUGACAAACCCCGAGUCACGAAAUUCCCCAUUAAUUUCCAUCCAGAAAAUGAUGAAAGUGGAGAACAGGCUCCUCCUCCUGACAAUGCCACAGAAGAAAAUGUGCUUGGAGAAGAACCAAUUUCUUCACCCAAUAAAUGUAAUGUGCAGAGUCCUCAAACUUGAGAAACAAGAAGCAAGACAGUUGCUUUAGCUGUCAAAAUGUUUCCUUCAGAGUUUGAUAUUUUAAUGAUGCAUUUUACCAUUUUGUUAUGGUCUACAGAUUUAGACUUCGUGGGUGGUCUAUUUAAUUUCUGCCUCAAAAUGUACACAUCAUUUGUUGUAUCUGCUGUAGUCAAAGCUAGCUGAAACAAGUGAUUCUCAAACCAAAUGCUGAUUCGUAAUCCAGAACUGAAAUACAAAUGAUUUCUACAAAUGUUUUAUCUUUGAUUAAUAUACUAGCCACUUUUCCAGUCUUA